AAUCGAUCGAUCAAAAUUUCCUUCAGUCAAUGAACAAGGAAGAUUCGGAGAUGCCUUCUCGCAGUCCUAGUCCAACACCUGAUGUUCAGGCUGCUACGUCGGGAGGUGAUGCUGUAGCUAACCUCAACAACAGCGACAAGAAAAAGGAUCAGACAAAGAGCGACAAUGACGCCGACAUAAAGAGCACUCGAUCUCAAUCGCAUCCAAGGUCUCGCUCGCGUUCGCGUUCACGUUCGCAAUCAGGUCCUCGCUCUGGCUCCCCUUCACACCCGCGCUCUCGAUCGCGCACUCGGUCGCAGUCUCAGACACGCUCGCGUUCACGCUCCUUAACCCCUCGUUCUAGAUCACGUUCUCGAGCUCGCUCUUAUUCCAGAUCACCUUCACCCAAAGCAGCUGAUGAUAAUCCACGAUCUCGUAGUCGCUCUCGAGGGAGAUCCUUAGGCAGGACAGCUAGAUCACGUUCGCGCUCUCUUAGCCAUUCUCGCUCGUCCAACCAGUCGCCGCCUCGCAAACAGCUACGUCGUAAUUCGAGAUCGAGAUCAAGGUCACCUAGCGACAACCUCAAAUUAGCUUCAACAGUCAAGGUUGGAAAUUUAACCAAAAAUGUGACGGAAGCCCAUGUCAUGGAGAUAUUUGGUGAUUAUGGAAAAAUCAAAUCGAUCUACUUCCCGAUCAAUCCUCGCUUCCGUUUCAACAUGGGAUAUGCAGAGAUUGAAUAUGAGACUCGUGAGGAAGCUCAAUUAGCAUUGGAAGGAUGGAACGGCGGACAACUUGAUGGAGAAAUUAUUGAGGUUGUGUUUGCAACAAAGUCUACUAGACCACCACCACCAUCACAGCCAUCGUUACCACCAGUGAAUGAUAAGCGAAUGCGCUCAAGAGCCGCGCUUUCACCACCGCGCCGGGGCGGUCGCCAUCGCAGUCCUAUACCUAUAGCACCGAGCCGCCGUCGAAUGGAAGAUCACUAUUCGCCUCCACGUCGGGGCAAUUUUGACUCAAUUCCUCCAGGUCGACGUGAUUAUUAUUCUCCUCCACCAGCGCGCCGUGGCAGGAAUUAUUCACCACCACCUUCAUCAGGAGGGCGUCGCGGCUACAAUAUGAAUAGUUAUUCGCCGCCACCGCCUCGUCGCGUCAAAGGACCGAAUGCAGCACCUUUGGGGUCACGGAUGUCUGCAAGAGGACGCUCACCUCUCCCUAUUCGUGGUGGCGGUGGUCGGGGAAUGAGGGAGAGAUCAUAUAGUCGUUCCAUUUCGAGAUCACCUGUUGGACGAGGAAGGAAGAGAUCGCGUUCAUAUAGUUCAUAUGGAUCUAGAAGUCGCAGUAGGACACCACCUCGUGGUCGAGGUGGUAUUGGAAGACGCUACAGUCGCAGUCGCAGCCGUAGCCGUAGCCGUACCAGGAGCCGAUCACCGCUGCCAAGGAGAGGCAGGAAUAUAAGCCGAGGAAGAAGUAGAAGUAGAGGCCGCGGUCAGUACGCUGAUAAGGGUGGAGCAAGACGAUCAUGGUCACGUAGUCUUUCGCGAUCCAGAUCGAGAUCUAGAAGUUUAAACAGAGGCUUGUCAAGGAGCCGCUCUCUUAGUAGAAGCAGGAGCAGAAGUAGAAGUAGAAGUCCAUAUUCAGAUCGUGGAGGUCGUCGUGGUCGAUCUCUGAGCCGCUCAAUUUCACCGCCAAGACGCCGCAGAUAAUUAUGCGGAUAUUGAAUAAACCAACUAUUGACACCAAUAUGCCAAU